CGCAUUCAGAGACAGAAGUGUAGAGCACAUCACAAGAGGCGCACGUCUUAGAGCAAAUAACGAGCACACACGUGCGCGCGCGCGCACACACGCUCACGCACACACACACACACACACACACACACACACACACACAUACACACACACACAGAUCCGUGCUACUGCCGUGUGGUGCAUGACAGGAUAGUCACAGAAAAGGCAGACCGAAAACAUCUCCGAAUCAUGCUGGAUUCACUGCUGAGGGUAAUAGAAAUCAAUGGCUGAGCUUUGAAAUCGUUGGAAAAUUAUCUGUCGGGGAAAGAGUGAGAGGGUGAGAAAAAGAGAGGGAGAGGGAGAGAGGGAGAGAGAGAGGUGAGAGCAGCAAUCAACAAAAACAAUAAAAAUCUUUCAGCAAUGGAACUUACAAUGGACAAUCUUGGGAACCUGCACAGCGUGACCCACUCGCAGCCUGGGGACCUGAUGAGCACUUCUCACGGCAGGCAGGCGGCUGCGUCGCACCGGAACCUGGUGCCACCCAGUCGGCCCGCGAUGGUCUCCAGUAUGGCCUCGAUCCUUGAGGGGGCCGGCGAUUACCGAACGGAGCACACCCUGUCCGGGCCCCUGCACCCCGCCAUGAGCAUGUCGUGCGACUCUCCGUCUGGGAUGAGCCUAAGCAGCACCUAUACGACGCUAACCCCUCUGCAGCACCUGCCCCCGAUUACAACCGUGUCGGACAAGUUCCAUCACCACACGCACCAUCACCACCACCACGCACACCAGCGGCUCACCGCCGGAAGCGUCAGCGGCAGCUUUACCCUCAUGAGAGACGAUCGAAGCUUGGCGUCUAUGGGAAACCUCUACAGCCACUACCCAAAGGACAUGCCCAGCAUGGGUCAGUCGCUGUCUCCCCUGUCCAACGGCCUGGGCUCUUUGCACAACUCUCAGCAGAGCCUCGGCGCCUAUGGGCCUGGUGGACACCUGUCCAAUGACAAAAUGCUUUCACCCGCCGGUUUCGAGUCGCACGCCUCCAUGCUGUCCCGUGGAGAGGAGCAUCUGGCGAGGGGACUGGGGGGCCCUGGAGCCGGCAUGAUGCCCACGCUAAACGGCAUGCAUCCACACGGACAUCAUCAUUCGCAGUCCAACAGCUCUUUGCUCUCCGAGAGAGAUCGACAGGCUGCCGCGGGAGGCUCCCAGGGAGGCGGCUCGGGACAGGUGGAAGAAAUUAACACCAAAGAGGUUGCGCAGCGGAUCACAGCGGAACUAAAACGAUACAGCAUCCCGCAAGCCAUCUUCGCACAGCGGAUCUUGUGCAGAUCCCAAGGAACACUCUCGGACCUCUUGCGGAACCCUAAGCCGUGGAGUAAACUGAAGUCCGGGCGGGAGACCUUCCGGAGGAUGUGGAAAUGGCUGCAGGAGCCCGAGUUUCAGAGGAUGUCUGCGCUAAGACUGGCGGCCUGCAAACGCAAGGAGCAAGAGCAGCACAAAGACCGCAACCUGGUCCCCAAGAAGCAACGCCUGGUCUUCACGGAUCUGCAAAGGCGGACCCUCAUCGCAAUCUUCAAGGAGAACAAGCGGCCUUCCAAAGAGAUGCAGAUGACCAUCUCGCAGCAGUUGGGUCUGGAGCUCAACACGGUCAGCAACUUUUUCAUGAACGCCCGCCGCCGCUGUGUGGACCGCUGGCAUGACGACCAGACUGGGAGUCCUGGGCAGUCAGGUGCUUCCACCAGCACUUUCUCGAAGGCCUGAGAAGGGGACGAGCCAGCCGCCGAGGGCUCAGUGCAACUCAAAGCAUCUCCAUCGGAGCACCUCUAGCUUUCCAAACCUGCAAAAAAAAAAAA